UUUUAAAAAAUUAGACGUAAAAAUGGCUAAUAAAGAUCAUUUUGAGACGGAUUUUUCCAAAUUAUAUGAUAAUUCAAGUGGUGAUUUAAAAAUAUUGAGUGAAAAUACUAAAGAAAUUGAUAAAAAGGGCUCCUUAUUGGAAGAUAUUGAUGGAAUUGUGACUGAUAUUUCUAAAGUUUUUGUUACAAAAAAAAAAAAAAAGAAAAAAAUAAAAUGUAAUUCAAUAAAACAGGAAGAUCCUCCUUCUAUUGGCCUUACAAAACUAUAUUCUUCUGGAAAAUAUCCUGAAGGAGAGCAAAUGGAUUAUAAUAAUGAUAAUCUUUGGCGAGUGACAUCGGAAGAGAAGCGAUAUUUAGAACUUUUAUCAUGUGGGGAAUAUCAAGAUUUUCGUAGGGCAGCAGAAGUUCAUCGUCAAGUUCGCAAAUAUGCUCAAAAAACGAUUCAUCCUGGUAUGACGAUGAUAGAAAUAGCAGAAAUGAUCGAAAAUUCUACCAGAAUGUUAGUGGAAGAAGAUGGGUUAAAGGCAGGUAUUGGAUUUCCUACAGGUCUUAGUUUGAAUAAUUGCGCUGCCCACUAUACACCAAAUGCAGGAGAUAAUACAUGUCUUCAAAAAGAUGAUGUUAUGAAAGUUGAUUUCGGUGUUCAUGUUAAUGGAAGAAUUAUUGAUAGUGCGUUUACAAUGACUUUUGAUCAUAAAUAUGAUAAAUUACUUGAGGCUGUUAAGGAAUCUACAAAUACGGGAGUUAGGGAAGCUGGUAUUGAUGUAAGACUUUGUGAUAUUGGUGCAGCAAUCCAGGAAGUUAUGGAGAGUUAUGAGAUCGAAUUAGAUGGAAAUACUUAUCAAAUUAAGCCUAUUAGAAAUUUAAAUGGGCAUAAUAUUACUCCAUAUAUUAUACAUGGUGGAAAAUCGGUUCCUAUUGUUAGAGGAGGUGAUCAGACAAAGAUGGAAGAAAAUGAAGUAUUUGCCAUUGAAACAUUUGGAAGCACAGGAAAGGGUUAUGUUAAAGCAUAUGGCGAUUGUUCACAUUAUGCAAAAAAAGCAAAUGUAGGUCAUGUCCCUCUUCGUUUGGCUCGUGCAAAACACCUUUUAUCCACUAUUGAGAGAGUUUUUGGGACACUUCCAUUUUGUAGAAGAUAUUUGGAUAGAAUUGGAGAGACGAAAUAUUUACUUGCUCUGAAUAACUUGGUAAACUCUGGAAUUGUUGAAGCAUAUCCCCCUUUAGUUGAUAUUAAAGGUUGCCAAACGGCUCAAUAUGAGCAUACUAUUCUUUUAAGACCAACACGAAAAGAAGUUCUCAGUAGGGGUGAUGAUUAUUAAUGUUUGUAAAUACGAUCUACUAUGAUUAUAUGUAAUUGAUAAGAUUUAAAUAGAGAAUGAAUUGUAAUUAUAAAAAUAUAAUUAAAAAUAACAUCUGGAUAAUAACAAAUUUUCAGGUGUUGCUAAUUAAAAGGCAAAAUAUGCCAAAAAGAAAGCAGCUAAACAAAGUGCUAUACAAACAUGAAUUGGAACACUUUUACUAUAUAUUUAUUAGAAUUAAAUAUUAAAAAAAAAUCUUACAUUGUUGUUGUAAUUGCGAUUUUUUCUGCGGCGGUUUUUUCCUUUUUUUCAAAUGCUUCAGAACCACGAUGACGAAGUUCCGAUUCUUUUAAAUGAUCUUUAAGUUUUUUGAUUGUUGUUUUAGCUUCAACUAGUUGAAUUGCAAGAUUGCUGCUUGAUUCCGGAUUUUCAAGUGCCUUGUUAAUUAAUGUGCUAUCUUCUUGUAACGAAUAAUUAGGAUCAAGUAUGGGCUUGGUUGUUGAAUCUGUAUUAUAAUCGUGAGUUUGAGAAGAUCGUGUAGAACCGA